CUUUCAGGUGUGAAUGGAGAAAAGGCCAUCAGGUCUCCAGUGUCCCUCAAACAUGGAGAGUUUUGCUGUUUUGGGGGGUUUGGUCCAGCAGAGGACGGCUCUCUGGAGCGCCUCAGCUCGGCGGACUUCGUGCUGCUCUCUCAGACGGUGGAGGGGUUCGUGCGGGACACGGAGGAUCUGAGCGGGCGGAGGAGCGCCUCGCUGCGGGGGGCGCUGCAGAGCCAGGCCAACCGCUUCGUGCACCGCUUCCACGAGGAGCGCAAGACCAAACUCAGCCUCCUCCUGGAUAACGAGCGCUGGAAGCAGGCGGAGGUUCCCGCUGAGUUCCAGGAUCUGGUGAACUCCAUCGCUGACGGAAGAAUAACUCUACCGGAGCGCAAAAUCCCAGGCACAGAGGACAGGAAGCCCACAGAGUUUCUGUUCGUCAACGGGCAGAAAUACGCCGUCGUCGGGACGGUGCUGCUGCUGAUCCGGAUCUUUCUGGAAUACUGUCAGUGUGUCAACGACAUCCCAUCCAUCGCCACCGACAUGCUGACCCGUCUGUCCGACCUCCUCAAGCACUUCAACUCUCGGAGCUGCCAGCUGGUUCUGGGAGCCGGAGCUCUGCAGGUCGUCGGCCUGAAGACCAUCACCACCAAAAACCUCG